CAAAUACUCAAUAUACAACCCAACCCCUAGCACCUAGUAGAGUAGUACACAUUGUAGACAAUUCUUCCUGACACUCACCAGACCAUGUCCCACCCUAUCUAGAUAUGUCUAUACGGUAGGUGGUUAGUUACUACUAAAUACUAUGCAGCUGCAACUGUCUCGCUCCGUCCUCCCCUCCUCCCCGCCUAGCUGCCCAACACCACUAUGUGGCUGGACCGUUUCUCCGCCCAUCCCCCCGCCUCUGGUGCUUCGACCCCCAGCACUCGCGGCUACUCUCCCGCCCGCCGUUCCCAGCACCAGCAACAUCUCGCCGCUGCUACCCAGCCAAACCGCCCUGCCUUCAGUCCUCGAUCCUCCUCGCUCUCCCUCUCCCUGGCCACUACUCCAAAUGCUUCCUCCACCUCCCUCCCCAGUAACCUGCGCCAGGCUAAUGGCUCCUCCUCCCUCCACAGACAGAAUAGCUCGAAACUCGACCAACAUCCUACUGGUUCUGCCGUUGUAGAUCCACUCGAGGUGCUGUACAAUAUCAUCGGGAAACGGCCCGAGGCUGAGAGAGAUGGAUAUACAGAUACUACCCCAACUAUUUCUGUCGUGCAUGCUGCGGCUGAUGGACCUGCUGCUGGCAAGCCGGAAUGCCUAGUCGAGGAUAUUGAUUUUGGAGAGCUGGGUUUGGAGGAAUUUUUACAGCAGAAGGAGGUCGGGGGGGAAAAGGAGAGAAAGUCCAAAAGACACGUCGAUGUCCAGACUAUCGAGCAGUAUGAAAAGGAAAGGAAUAGGUUUCAGGAACUGCACAGCGCAAUCAGCGGUUGCGAUGACGUUUUGAAAUCAGUGGAAUCCUACCUGUCCAGAUUCCGGACCGACCUGGGGGUAGUCUCUGCGGAAAUCGAGUCGCUACAAUCUCGAUCUGCCCAGCUGAACUCCCAACUAGGAAACAGACGGAAUCUUGAACGGCUACUCGGCCCAGCAGUCGAAGAAGUUAGCAUAUCCCCGAAAGCUGUGCGUCUGAUUUCAGAGGGACCCAUCAGCCAAGAAUGGGUGAAAGCUCUUAAUGAAGUUGAGACUAGAUCAGCCUAUAUCGAAGCAAACGCAUCCCCUGCCAAUAAUGUCAAGGCUGUCGAGGAUAUUAAACCGUUAUUAUCCGAUCUCAAGGCGAAGGCCAUUGAACGAAUCCGAGAUUACUUGGUCGCACAGAUAAAAGCGAUUCGAUCGCCCAACAUCAACGCUCAGAUUAUCCAGCAGCAAUCCCUGAUUAAAUACAAAGACUUGUACGGCUUUUUAUCUAGAAACCACCCAGCUCUCGCAGGCGAGAUCAUCCAAGCCUACAUCAACACAAUGAGAUGGUAUUACCUAUCCAACUUCACCCGUUACCAACAGGCACUGGAGAAGCUUAAAGUCCAUUCUGCGGAGCGCAAUGAUCUCCUGGGUGGUGACCCGAACGUGCAGAGAGGAUCAAAUAUAUUCCCCGGCGCUCGCAACCCAACCUACGACCCCUUUGCCCUCGGCCGGCGUAUGGACGUUUUAAAAUCCUCCAACCGCACCGCCCUCCCUUCCUACCUUGCCGAAGAAAACGCCAGCCAUGCAACAGCAGCCACAAUUACAAACGUCAACCCCAAAACCCAACCGGUAAUCCACGGCCUCGAAACCCCCUUUCGAAACUUUAACCUAGCCCUAAUCGAUAACAUCUCCGCCGAAUACUCCUUCGUAACCGAAAUGUUCGUCACAAAAACGCAGUCGCUACACACCAGUUCUCGGCGCGUAAUCGAGAUAUUCGAUCCCGUUUUCGCCAUCGGUCACACACUGACAAAACACCUAAUUGACUCGUCGACCGAUUGCUUGGGUAUCCUGCUCUGCGUCCGCCUGAAUCAGCACUUCGCCUUCGAGCUACAGCGCCGCAAAGUCCCCGUCGCAGACAACUAUAUCAACGGGAUCAACAUGCUCCUCUGGCCCCGUUUCCAGAUGGUGAUGGAUCUAAACACCGAAUCCAUCAAACGCGUUGCCGCGAAUACUGCCGGCAACAUCAGCUCCGCCCUCUCCCUCUCCCUCUCAGACGCCACAAACACAAGCAGUACUUCCUCCUCAUCCUCAUCAUCAGCCCCACAUUUUCUCACCCAGCGCUUCGGCCAGUUCCUACAGGGCAUAUUAGCACUAAGCAGCGAGGCAGGCGACGAUGAGCCUGUCUCGAAUAGCCUGGCGCGGUUACGGGCGGAAUUUGAUGCGUUGUUAAUUAAAUUAGCGAGGGCGGCGAAUGGUGGGGAUGGAAAGGGCCGGGAGAGAUUUCUAUCAAGUAAUUAUUCGUUGAUCGGGACUAUUAUAAGUGAUACGAAGGGGAGGUUGGCGGAGGAGGUGAAGGAGCAUUAUAAUCAGUUGAUUAAGAAUUCGGCGGGGAGGCGGUGAUGGGCCAUGGUGGGAGCUGAGAUGCGGCCAGUGGGGACUGUAGAUUUCUUGUCCUAAAUGGAUGACAAUGGUGAUGUAUUGGUGUUGUUGAUUUUUGUUUAUUUUUCUUUCCAUUUCUUUCUUUCUAAUAUAUCCCAUGAUAAUAAAUAGGGUGUGUACUUUUAUUUAUCCUAUGUUCCUGUUUCUUGCUUCUUUUUUCACCUCUAUCGCGUUUCUUUACUGUAUAUCUAGGGCAAUUUGUUUUACGGUAUGGGACAUGUUAAGCCAACUAUAGAAUGACUCAGUGCGGAUGAGGACAUAGAGAUAUAGACAACCACAGAAUACAUAAUAGAAUAGUGACUUUUUUCUUUA